ACCACCACAAAUCCUAGUCCACCCACAAAAAUUGGAGGUGAAGACAAACUCUUCACAAACUCCUACCUGCCAACAGCGCUAUGAGACCCUUCAUUUUGCAGGGACACACCCGUCCUUUGACGCAGAUUAAGUACAACCACGAUGGAGACUUGUUGUUCUCGUGUGCUAAGGAUUUAAUCAUCAACGUUUGGUUCUCUCACAACGGAGAGCGUCUUGGUACAUACGGGGGUCACACUGGUGCCAUUUGGACGUGUGAUAUUAACAAAUCCACCACUCUAAUGGCCAGUGGUGCUGCCGACAACACUAUGCGUCUUUGGGACGUUAAAACCGGCAAGUGCUUGUAUGUGUGGGAGUUUCCUACCGCUGUCAAGCGUGUAGAGUUCAACGAGGAGGGAAAUAAGCUUCUUGCCGUUACUGAGGAGCGUAUGGGUUUCACUGGUACCAUUUCUGUCUUCCAUGUUCCUACGGAUUACAGUGAUGAGAAGUUUAAGAACCCCAUCUAUGUUAUUAAAACGCGUGAGUCCAAGGCCACUGUUGCUGGCUGGUCUUACCUCAACAAAUUCAUAAUCGCUGGUCAUGAAAAUGGCUCUGUUUCUCAGUAUGACGGUGCUACUGGUGAGUACAUUAAAACUGUUCAAGUCCACACAGCCGGUUCCCUCAUCACCGAUCUUCAAUUUUCCAGAGAUCGCACAUACUUUGUUACCUCUUGCAAGGAUAGCACCGCAAAGGCUUUGGAUGUCAAUACCCUGGAAAUCAUUAAAUGCUUCACUGCCGAUGCUCCUCUUAACACCGCUAGUUUCACGCCCGUCCAAGACUUUGUCGUGCUCGGUGGUGGUCAGGAAGCUCGUGAUGUUACUACAACUGCUGCUCGCCAAGGUAAAUUCGAGGCACGUUUCUACCACACGAUUUUUGAGGAGGAACUUGGUCGUGUGAAGGGUCAUUUCGGUCCCAUCAACACUAUUGCCGUUCAUCCUAAGGGCACGGGAUAUGCAAGUGGCGGAGAGGAUGGUUACGUCCGUCUGCAUGCAUUUGACAAAAACUAUUUCGACUUCAAGUACUCUUUGUAGAUCAAUUGAUAUGUUUGUGAGCUGUGCAAUAUGCGGUUAAGCAAAGAGAGUGGGUUGUGUAGUAUAUGCUCGCUACUUGCUUCACUUUUAUUUCGUAAGCAGACAUUACAAGUGCGCACCAUCUACAUACGGUGUAAACUUGAGGGAACCUGAGUUA